AUGAAAAAGAACAAAGCCACGGAAAACUAUUACCUUAAGGAACCCCCAUGUAACCAUGGCAACAAUGCGCUAAACAAUUGCUCAAGCUAUUUCGACAUAAGUCAAAUUAAACAGUUAUAUGCCCCCCAAAGCGGCAAUGGAUAUGAACAGAUUUUUUCCCUCCCUCGUAAAGUCAAGAAGACAGGGAGAAAAAGUAAAAAAGAAAUAUCCAACUCAAAAGGUGCCAUUCUUUCAUUCCACAGUGACCAGUACCAAAAUGACACAAAAAACCCAGUGCCCAUAGCAAUAGGACAAAGGAAAAAAAUGAAAUUGAACGCGCCGAAUGAAGAUCCCCAAUUUUGUUACAGCAAUACCUUUGACCAAACACCCAGAAAGCACUUCUCAUUUAACCAUACGGAUCCACGAAAUGACGAAUCCCCAGAUUUCUAUUAUCCUAGUGGCAGUGUUAGAAAAAGUACUAACAAAACGGCGAGUAGUAGAAACGGUUCAUUAAACAAAUAUGAUUUUAUUAGGUUUGUUUGUUCUCCAACCAAAAAAAGUGUCGAUAAUAAAAGCGCAAAAUGUGAUAGUGAAAUGUGCACCCCUGCGAAAAAUAGCACCACCGGAAAGGACGCUUCCAAAAAUGCCACAAAAGUGGACGCACAAAAUGAGUCCAGUUUUGAUCCCAAAGGGGGUGCAAAGUGUGGACAACAUGUUGGUACACACGGGGCCACUAACAAUGACACAAAGGAAGAACACAAAGGUGGCAUAAAUAACUACCCCCAAAGUGGCGCAAUGAAUUGCCCCCCAAAUGACCAAUACGAUGGCAAAAACCAAAGCAGCGGAAGUGCACAAGAGAACACCCCCCAAAACGUGGCGCAGAACAACGGACUGAUCGACCUCGAUAGCCACGACUCCAUCGACAGGCUUAGUAGAAACUUUUUCAUAAACAACAAAAAGAUUUUCAUUACGCACUUUCGAAAAGACAAGGACGCACAUGCUAAACGUGCCAGUAGUCAUUCGCAUGGAAAAGGUGGGAACGUUCCUCUUCGUUACGAGGCACCAGAAGAGGGAGGGAACAAAGAAAAAAAUGAACACAACACAUGUAGGGAAGAUGCUGAAGAGGUAACCCCCCCAGCUGCUGAAACUUCACACUGGGGUCUCUUUACAAAAGUGAAUUCCCCGAAUUGUGAAGACUAUGUUCAAAGCGUGGAGGAAAUCCACGGAGUGGAAAACUGCAUUGGAGAGGAUUACUACGCAAGGGAAAACAAAGCCGAACACGACGCGUACAACGAAGAUGAUGAGCACCAUAAUUACGACACACGCAACUCCGACGAAGAGCCAGCUGAUAGUAGCACCUUCCUGCCAGACAUGAACUCCUUCGUGCGAAAAAACUGCAACGGGACAAAAUCGCUGUACAGCCACCUGGACGUCCCCUACAAUGGCAGCAAGGAAGAAAUCAAAAAGUCAUACAAGGAAAAAAUAAAGGUGCACCACCCAGACAAAGGAGGAAGCAUAAAGAAGUUUCUUCAACUCAAGCUCUCUUAUGACAUACUAACAAAUGAUAAAAAAAGAAAAAUGUAUGACAAAUAUGGACACAGCAUAUUAGAAUUAUUAGUGAGCGAAAAAUUUCAAAACUAUGAAAUAUGUUCAUCUGAUGGAGAAAAUAGCGAAAACGAAAUUGAUGAGGAAAACGUAAAGAUGUAUGACUUGUUUGUGCAAAAGUACAACAACACAUCGUACUUACACAACUUACAAGAUUUGAAAAUGGAUAGCAAUCAGUACAAUGAAUUUCAAAAAUUAAUUUUUCAUUUCUUUCAUCAUGAGAAUCCCAUGUUUAACAACACCUUCCAUUUAUUCCCAGCCUACUCUCCCUCUGUCCCUCCGUAUAGGAAAAAAAAAACAGACAAAUCGAAAACAAAUAAAAUAAAGCAAGUUGAAAAAAAGGCAGAUAAAAAAAAAAUUCCUCAUUUGGGAUUAUCAAGCAGCUUGGAGAAUUCCCCUGACUGUUCUAUCCGGACAAAUGAUCUGAUCAGUUCUGGAGGAAGUUCCACAUCUCGAAAUCAGUCCCCCUCAAAUUACAGCACAACAAAGGAAUGCUCAAUUUAUGAUUUACUAAGUACAGAACAUAUCACUAAUCUGUUUAACGAGCUGGAGGAUGACUUUAAAUAUUUUUACCAAAAAUGCAUCGUCCACAAAAUAGAGCAAUCAGAAAUGGCUAACAACUCCAAGUAUGGCAAAAAACGGGUCACAAAAAUGGUUAACCCAGAGGGUGUACAUUACAUGGAGGGGAAAUUCAACAGUGAUGAUGCCUCCACACCCAUCAAGGAACAUACACACCACCCCUUUGAACAGUCACCCUACGAUGAAAAUGUCGCCACUCCCCUAGCGCAGUGCCAACUCUCCCACGAAAAACACAUCUCCAAUCAUUUCAACCGAAACGAAGACACACACUCUUUCCGAGAUAUUCAGACCUCCCCAAUUGCGUACAAAAUUAUAAACGAAAAUAACGAGAGACACAUAACAGAGUUUUACAGGUGGUUUGAAUUAUUUUUCAAUCACCACCAGGGGGCGCAAACACCCAGUCAACCGGCCAAUGAAACUUCGAAUGAAGUACCUAACCACGCAACGAAAAGCGAUCACCUCAUUUUUAGUGAUAUUCCCCCCAACUCGCAAAGUGGAGCGUCCACACCCACCGCUGCUCAACCCCCCAGGACACAAGAAGAAACACAUGCAGCACAAACUAGCGAAACGGACGCGCAAAUCAAGUCGGACCCAUUUAGACCGUUUCAAUAUGGUGCCCAAAAAUUCUGCUCCUUUGGGCAAAUUCCUCAUAGCAGUAGUGACACCCCGAAUGCGCAAGUGAAUAGAAAUGCCCAAUACGGAGGGAGCCCCGCGAAAUUUGUACAUGAUAACAGCGCAAAAACCAAACAUCACCACGGCGGAGGAUGCACCCACUUCCAGACAUACCCAAACGCAACACCAACGCGUUCAAACACCACUUCACAGAGAAGCGAAAGAAAAGGAGAUAAGCCUAAUACAUCGCCAGAAAAAAACGCACACAAAAUAACCCCAUUGCGCACCAGCAGCACGAAGAUAAAAGAUAAUAACCUGACACUCAAUAUUGAAGAAAAAUAUGGCUUCAAUUUGCUAAAAAAAAGUGAACAAAAAAUUAAAGACAUAACACACGAUUUUAAUUACAUAUAUAUAGGAAGUAAUAUAAUGAAGAAAAACAAAUUUGUCCUUUUUGUAAAAGAAGAAAGUAUAAAAAAGUUUUUAAAAGUUAAACUGCUCAUCGAGAAAAUUAAAAAAAAAUCAAAUUUGAAACUCAUAUCUGUAUUCGAAAAGGAAAUAGAAAAGAGCAUAAAACAUAUGGAAUAUAUUUUACUCCUGAUAACACACAAAGAUGAAUUCCUUCCACUGAACGAUUUUUAUCUACUGGACAAAAAUAUUUUUACAAAAGAUCAUUAUUGCAUACCCCUAUAUAUAAAAAAGAACAGCAUAAGCAGACCGACCCAUUUUCACAUCAGAUGGAUUGUAUACACCAUACAAUCACUCAUCUUUUUUAAUUUCUUUUUUAAAAAAGUUAAUAAGUAUAUGUGUGCAUUCCCCUUUUUUAAUUACAAGUAUAAUUUAAUCAAACAUUUUUUGGACCAUGAAGAAGAAAAAAACAAUACUGUCCACCACCAUAUAAAAAAUUUUUACAUUUUUUUCCACAAGUACAUCAUCAAGAAUAAGCAGCAAUAUUUGAAGUACUUUCCGCACUCCAUCAUUGUGCACUUAAAAAAUGACGAAUCGCCACAUGAUCAGAGUAAGAAGCCCGUGAGCGUAAACAUGUCCUCCAUUUUGGUGCUGACGUCGAACAAGCCUAUACCCUCUGCGGAAUGGUAA